ACUGUUUUUAAUUAUGCCCAAUUCGUGCAAUAAAGCGUUGUGCAUUAGGUGUACUUGAAGUUGAAGCAAAUGUCGUGCGUUCUUUGCCAUUGUGCAAUUGCUGCUGUUUUGCAAGUGUAGUGUACAACUUUUCGAGGGCCUUACACAUUUUUUUUUUGAGCAGACGCAUGAAAAAUGGCGGCGUCUUCAGCUACGGCUGAAUGCAAAGAAGAAUGCAAAGAUAAAGAUGACGAUGCAUUAACCACAACGCUCCAUUCGUGUGCAAACGAUCCAAAUUUCGCGGUUAUCUGUGCGUUUCUACAAAAAUUCGCCAAAGAUUUGGGCUUGGCAUUGCCAAAUUUUAAGCAUUUGCAGGAGUGGUUGACAAACAACGAUGAAGUGGCCGAGCUACGCGAUCUGCACAUUAAACUGUUGCGCAAGACACGAAAAACGGUGCACGAGAAAAGCUGGGAAUCGGCGCUGAGCAAAUUCUGCUUCGGCUACUCCUUCCAGGAUGCCUGGGAAAUUGAACGCUUUGGCUACCGCAACUCUAAUCUCAAGGUUAAGCUACGCAUUCUACGUGAGCUGCUUGAAAGUCAAUUUGAGCGCAAUGCCAAAUUCCGUGCUCAUAUUCUGACUCUAAAUGCGAGUUCAAUGCGUGCACAGCCCAUUGGGCGCGAUCGUUUGGGCCACGCUUACUGGCUGACGCAGGAUGGCGACUGCAAUUUGCGCAUAUAUCAGGAGCAUUUGGAUGAGGAAAUCUGGCAGGUUGUUGCCACAAAUCGCGAUGAAUUCGUGAAUUUGAUUGCCCGCCUGCGCGGAAAUGAGGUGGUCCUGCCCUCCAAGGACAUUGGCGAGGCCGACGAGGACACUACCAGUAGCAGCAGCAGCAGCAACAAUGCGGUGCCCACUCUGCCAGCGACCGAGGAGCAGCCGGAAGAACUCGAAGAGCAAUUGCGCGAAGCAAAGGUCCCCAAUUUAAAGAUCAAGCUGCGAACGCCGGAACAGCAGCAGCAGCAGCAGGAACAACAAGAGCAGGAGCUGAAGCCCAAGAAGGUCAAGCCACUGCUCAUAAGCCAAGCCAAACUGGGAGGUUCGCCUGCGCCGGCCAGGAAACGGCCAUUGGAGGAUGUGGACAGCAGUCCCACUGCUCUGGCGGCGGAGGAGCAGCAAAAGAAACAGCGACCAACACUGCUGGACACAAAACGUAUUAAGAAACCCAGCCGAUAUGAGAGCACCAAAUCCGAAGAUGAUAAUGAGGCGGACUCGGAGGAUUCCGAGCUGGAUGAGGGCGAAGAGGAGGAGGAGGAAUCGCUGGAUGGCGACGAGGAGUCGCUUGACAGCGCUGCUGCCAAUGAAGAUGAGAACGAGCAAAAGAUUAAUGAAGAAGGCGAUGAAGAGGACGAAGAAGUUGACGAUGACGAUGAGGAUGACGAUGACGAAGACGAGGUCGGUGAUGCCAUCGAAGAGCCCACUUUAAUCGUUCGCGGCCAUGGAUCGGGUCGUGAGUGUGAGGCGCCGCCAGAUGAUGCACAAUUUCAAAAUGAAUUUCCAUUUGAAGUUGAGGAAUGGGAUGCGGUUGAAGGCGAGACAAUUGAGGAACCUAUUUACUAUGUGUAUGGAUCAGGCAGCGGAUCUGACUGCCUGGUGGGCAAUGGCAAGAACGAAACGAGUGCCGAGGAGCCACCAACACAGGCCAAGGAGCCGCAAGCAACGUUCUUCUUUGGCGAGCCGGGCUGCCUCAAACUGAGUCCCAUCAAACAGACGCCAAAGCAAGAAUCCAAACGCAGCAUAUUCGAUAGCAUGGCAGCGCCAGAGGAAGAUGGAGACCCAGAGCCAAAGCCAGAGAAAACUAAUGGCGAGAGCCUGAAGAAAGUGGAAACAGUUGUCGAAAGCAAGGAAAAACCUCAGCCAGUGCUGAAUGGCAAUGAGUCUGUGGAAGAAGUGGAGGAGGGGGAAGAAACAAAGUGUCAGCCUAGCGCAAGUGAAGAAAGUCCAAUUGAAGCUAAGGAAAAAAUUGUAGAAACAAAUCAAAAAGAAAAAUCGCCCGAAACAAGAACUGAAAAGAGUGAAACAAAAGAAAUCUCAAAUGAACAAACCCAUGAAAUCACUAAUGAAACGGAAGAAAUCGUGGAACAAGCAUAUAAGGUGAGGGUGAUUGAAACAAGCGAGGAGAAAGUGAAAAUUGUGAACGAAAGCUUUAAAUCUGAAAAGAAAAGACAGCCACCUGAAGUGGAACAAAGUAAAAAUGUUGAGCCUAAAGCUGAAAAUGCCGAAGACCUAAACAAAAAUCAUACUGUGAGCAAAGCAAAUGCAAAAGAAGCAUCUGAAACUGAUGCAGAAACAGCUGCAAGCAGCAAAGCAACGAAAACAACUGAAAUAACAACAAGCACUGAACUUGAAACACUAUUGAACGUUAAGAAAACACACGAAAAACUUACAAAUUCAAAAGAAGAACUCAAACAUGAUAUAAAAGAAGAAGCUCAGGGCGAAGAUCCUCCAGCAAUUGCAGAAUCAAUUAAAGCUGGCCAAGCAGAUGCGAAUGGUGCAGAAGCAGUUACCAACUUCGAUAAAGCUAAAGAAACUGCUGAUAAAGAUGCUGAAAUUCUAAAAACUGAUGGCGUAAAGCUUGAAAAUCUAAAAACAGCAAAGUUAAAGGACACAGUACAAAGUGAAUUGCCCAGCACUUCAAAGGACAUUAACUCAUUAGAUAAGCCAGCAACGCUUAACGAGGAGAAACCCGAAAAACAGAUCUGCGAGUCAAAGGAAGCGAUGCCACAGAAAGCAGAGGUCAAGACGCAAGCAGCUCCAGAAACCGCAGCUAAAAGUGCAAUUCAGCUGCCAAAUCGCAAACGUCGCCUGGUCGAUUUCACAGCGCCCACAGCGCGUCAUUCCACAUCGGAGAGUGAGAUCGAUGCACAUGCCGAACUGGGGCAAGAGGACGAGCAGCAGCUGUUGGCCGUUGAUAAUGACAACGAUGACGAUUUGGAUGUGGGCGGCAAGCGCAUCAAGAUGCGGCCCAAGAUCACCAAUGUGGAGGUGCGUCGCAAAGUGGAGGCACAGAAGACACAAAUCGAGGAGACAACCUCGUCGAGCGGCGAGGAAGAUCCGCGCAGUCGCCGCAAGAUCAUAGCGCCCAAGAGGCAUCUGGAGAAGCCUCCCAAUCUCAUUAAGCAAAAACCCACGCUUGCCGAAAUUAUCGAAAAGAAACUGAAAAAGACGCCGGAAAAGCCAAAGGAACAGCUGCCGGAGCCACUUACGACGACGACACCAACGACGCAGCCAGUCCACGAGGCGACACCAGAGAAGCAGGCGCCAGUGCUAUUUGCAGCACCCAAAAAGUCACCCAUUACGAAGCCACUCAAGAAGAAUCUGCUGACACAAAUCCGGCAGGAGGAGAGCGACGAGGAGGCGACACCCCGGAAGCGUACCAACAGCGAAACAGUUGUCGCUGCAUCUCCACCAGCGGCAUUGGAGUCGUUGUUGCAGCGCAAGCGUCGCAGCAGCGAGGAAGCCAACGUGUCCAAGGAAACGUGCGUCAGCGUGGAGUUGCCUGCAAUCAGCGAGAAACUAAUGCGCAACAAUGAGCAGCAGUUUCUCGUGGAGCAACCACCGGCCUCAGAACAUCGAGAGUUGGAACAGGCUAAGCAGAAAAUCUCGCCUGUCAAACAGGAAACGCGGCCGGUUCCGCUAGCAGCUUCACAUCCGGUCAAGCAAGCAACUCCUCCCCGAGUCAAGGAAGCCACUCCCCCGAGGGUCGAGCAAGUCACUUCUCCUCCAGUUAAGGAAGCCGUUCCUCCUCCGGUCAAAGAAGCCAUUCCUUCUCUCGUCAAGGAAGUCACUUCCCCGACAGUCAAGCAAGCCACUCCUCCUCCAGCUAAGGAAGCCACACCUCCAGUUAAGGAAGCUACUCCUCCUCCAGUUAAGAAAACUACUCCUCCUCCAGUUAAGAAAGCUACUCCUCCUCCAGUUAAGGAAGCCACUCCUCCUCCAGUCAAGCAAACGACUCCUCCAGUCAAGCAAGCGACACCUCCUCUGGUCAAGGAAGCGACUCCUCCUCCGGUCAAGGAAGCGACUCCUCCUCCGGUUAAGGAAGCGACUCCUCCAGCCAAGCAAGCAAAUCCACCAGCCAAGCGUGCGCCAUUCCCUUCAAUAAAGCAACCAAGAGCCACUCCCAACGAGCAAUCAUCAGCUGCUUCCGUCAAGCAAGCAACCCCUGUCAGGCAAGCCAUUCUCCCUUCCGUCAAGCAAACAACUCCUCCUCCGAUUAAGCAGGAGUCGCAGCUAGUCAAGCAGACAACGCCUCCACCUGCUAAGGAGGAUACGCCGCCACCAGCUGAAGCCUUGGGCCGACGUUCUGGACGUCGUGGAGGUGCCGCUGUCGUUUACUCCGAGCUGCCGCAGGCCAAACGUACCAGAGGUGGCCCCAAAGAAAAGCCUUGCAUAGUUAAUAAACUGCCGUUACUAGAAGAUCCACUUAAAAUCGACGAGCAGCCGCAGGAUGAGCAGGAGCAGGAAAUUAAGGCAGUCACGUUGACUGCCAAAUCCAAGUCACCAAUCAAGGAGGAAGCCAAAAAUGAGGUGACUCCAAAAGCGGAACCUAAAAGCGAGCCAGUGGAGUCCAAAAUCGAGCCAGCGGAGCAACCAAAGAGCGAACAACCCAAUGAGGAACAGUCAAAGCCAACUGGGGUCGGUCGUGGACGUGGUCCGCGCAAGAAACGCGAAGUGGAUACCACCAACAUAAUCGAAUCGAACGAUUCGGAGACGCCGGUCCGUCAAUCCCGUCGCAUAGCCCAGCAGAAGAUCAAGGAGGAGGCGGAGCGACGCAAAUUAGAAGAGGUGGCGCUGCGCACAAUGAAGCAACAGCUGAAGAAGAAGAAGAAGGCCGAAGCCGAAGCUGAUCCCACUGUGGUAGAGCCAUCAGUGGAGUCCGAGUCCUUUGAGUCAGCCAGCGAAGCGGAAGAGGCCAAAAAGAAGAUCAAGAAGAAAUGUCCAGGCAAAGAUGGCUGGUCCUCAGACUCUGAGGAACAGGCCGAGAGCGAGGAGGAGGAGGAGGAACCACCACACUACGACACAGAUCACGGUUCGCCACUGUUCAAAUCCGAUCAUGAAUUCUCCCCAGAAUCCGAACUGGAAGACGAAUCCCAGGUGGUGCCCAUGAAACGGGCACGCACGCUACGCAAGGAGAACGCCGACGAAAGCGAGGAAUAUGCCGCAGCAGCGGACGCAGAUGAGGCAUGCCAGACGUGUGGCAAAUCGGAUCAUCCCGAAUGGAUACUGCUCUGCGAUACGCCCGACUGCAACAAGGGCUAUCACUGCUCCUGCCUCAGCCCCGUCCUCUUCUACAUACCCGAGGGCGACUGGCACUGUCCACCCUGUCAGCAGGAGCAGCUCAUCGUCGCCCUCCAGCAGCAGCUGCUGCAGUUUGAUGAUUUAGUUGCUCGCAAGCAUCAGGAGAAACUAUUAGCCGAGGAGGCGGAGCGCCAAGCGGUCGCCGCAGCAGCUGCACGUACCGCCAGCGAGUUGGAGGAGCGCUCGAAUUUGAAUGCGCUCAAGAAGUAUGAUGACGGCGAUAGCGAGGACAAUGAGGAUGAUGAUGAUGAUGACGAUGACGAUGCCUCGUCCAGCAAGGCUAAUAAGCGCGCCAAGGCGGACAAACCAAAGCGACGACGCGGCGAUGGACGCAGUAAUCGGCGAGCGGCCAAGCGCGGCACACGUCGUCGCCGUGGUGGUAAGGAUGAUGACUCGGAGAGCGGCAGCAGUGCCACGAAAAGUGGCAAACAGACGGGCCCACGCUCGGGCAGCUCCAGCAGCAGUGGUAGCAGCAGCAGCAGCUAUUCCGACUCUGAUGACGAGCCCAUUUACAAGCUGCGCAAGCGACGCCAGAUCAAUGUCAGCUAUCGGCUCAAUGAAUACGAUGAUCUGAUCAAUUCGGCUCUGAAAAAGGAGAUGGAUGAGGUGGCGGGUGCUGGCAAUCUGGGUAGGGGCAAGGACAUCAGCACCAUCAUCGAGGCGGACAAGGAGAAGAUGCGACGCGAGGAGGAGAGCGACCAGGCCGACGAAAAGGAGCCACAGUCCAAGGCGGCAAGGGUCUCGCUCGAUCCGCAGGACAAAUCAAGCAACAAGGAGGACGACGACGACAACAGCAAAGAAGACGACGACGACGACGAUGAAGACGAGGAUGAGCAACCACUGAAAGCAAUUGGCAAAGCCAAGACCAAAAACUUGCCGCCGCCACUCAAAAAGAAGCCGCGCAAAUUGACCACGUUGGAUGUGAGUUCCGAGGAGGAUCAUGGCAGCGAUGAGGACUUCAAGACAUCCAGUUUUUCUGACGAGGACAGCUCGCAGUCUGCCUCCGAUGACUCGGACUCCAGUCUGGAGGUUUAUCGCCGUCCCGGACGUGGCAAGAAACAGCGGAAAGCCGCUCGUCGUGCAGCUCGAGAGCGUCGCAAGGAUCGCAAAUUUGUGGUGGAGGAGAGCGACGAAAGCGACGAGGAGGAACAGCAGCGUGCCAAGGCCAACAAAUCCAAGAAGAAGAAGAAAGUCGAUUCAGACUAUACGGAAACCGAGACGGAGGACGACGACAACGGCUCGGAGCUGUCAGAAAAUAUGGAUAGCGCUGAUCUGUGCGAUGAUACGACAAGCGAGAGCGAAGACGGCGCCUGGAAUCCCUCCAAGCGCAAGAAGGCAUCCGCCAAGAAAUCGUCCUCCUCCGCUGGUGUUGCACGCAAAUCUCCCAAAUUGAAGAAGCCCGUAGUCAAGAAACCCAAGAGAUUGGAGUACUCCGACGAUGACAUUAGCGAGAGCGAAGAGGAGGAGGAGGAGGAUGACGAUGAUGAAAUGCAGAUGGGAGCCAACGGGGCGCCCAUGUCGGGCAAGGGAUCAGGCAAACAGCCGCGUUCACAGCCCCUAAAGAAGACUAUGCCUCUGUCGACGCAGGCGCAGGCAUCCUCUGGCAAGGGUAAGGGCAAAGGCAAAGGCGGCAACAAUAACAGCGGCACACAGAAGAAGAAGAAGAAGCCACCGCCAGCAGCAGCUUCCUCAGAUGAGGGUGGCGCCGACGCCGGCUCCGAUGAGCGGACGCGGACUCGCGGCCGUCGUUAUGCCUACAUCGAGGACUUUGACGACGACAGCUCCGAUGGCGGCAUCAAGCCGGGCGUCCAGCGACCCGACACACCGCCCGAGGAGCGUCAGAAGUUCAUCCAAAAGCAGGAGGAGAUCAAACGCAUGCUGGCCGAGAAGAAUGCCGAAGGUGCCAAGCUGGCAGCCACACCUCGUCUGACGCCCAUUAAGGGCUCAGCGCAGGGCGCAACGGCUCUGCCGGAGAAACGGACGCCCAGCAAAUCGGGUGCAGCAGCAUCAGCCGGAGGUGAUUCCCUAUCAACGGUGCCAUUGUCUGUGAUACGGCAGGCCAAGGUGCUGGACAUUGACUAUCUGCAGCGCAAGGGCGAGGCCAUUGAUGAUCUGGACGAUGUGGACGAAUCGGAAUUAGACGAUGCCGAGCUGCCCGACGACUUGGAGGAUAUGGAGGAUGCUAUUGCGCGCAUGGUCGAGGAGGAAGAGCAAUUCACGGCGGCUGCCGCUGCCAGAGAGCUGCCGGCACCGGAUGAAGUGUUGCGUACGACGCCCUCUAAAACCAGCAAGGCCUCCAUGCCCAAGCAGUCAACGCAGCCGGAGCAGCUGCCGAGUGUGUCUGGUUUGCAGGAGCCGCUGCGCAAGCGAUUGCCCAUGCCCACAAUGCAUCCACCGCUGCUGCGUCAUCAGUUCCCGCCACAAGGUCAGCUGCCCGCAUCGCUGCUACCACCACCACCUCCGUCGCCCCAGCAGCAACAGCUGCCUCCGGGCAUGCAUCCCAUGCUGCAGCGCCAUUUGGCACCAGCACCGCCGCCACAGGCCAUGCAACUGCUGCAGAAUGCGCUCUCCGCUCCGCUGGGUCAGCCCCUCAGCCGUGCCAACUAUGCCCCACAGCAGCAACAGCUGCCGGGCAUGCAGCGCCUGCCCCUGGGCAUGUCAAUGCCAGCUGCGGCGGCUCAUCUGAUGCAGGCAGCCGCUGCGGCGGCCAAUAUACGCCCACCUGUGCCAGCGCCGGAGCCCAAGCCGCGUGGUCGCCGAAAAAAGGUCACUCCACUGCGAGAUCAGCUGCAGAAGCAGCAGGCAGCUGCGGCUGUGACUGCUGCCACGUCGACCAAUGAGAAAGCAGCACCUUCUGGCAAGGCACCACCUCCAGCUCCAACAGCACAACAACAUCUGUUCAAGCCGCACGAGGAUGCGCCGCCUAGCAUCCCACAGACAUCGGUCAUAACGCGCAUGCCGAUGCCCUCGCUGCUGCCGCCGGCACACUCACGCGGCCCACCACCACCAGCGCCACCGCCCGGCGCUGGCAUGUAUCCGAGCAGUGCAGAAUUGGCACGCUUCUAUGGCCAGCCGCUGCCGCCCAGCUCGGCGCUGCGACCCACCUACGGUGCACCGCCGCCGCUGCGUGGCGCGCUGCCCACAUCCACGUCUGCACCACCGCCGGGCAGUGGCCCCAAUGCUCGACCACCGCCCUAUCUGCACGGCCCGGAGCAUCAUGGUGGUCCACCGCCACCGCCUGGCGCCUUGUCUAGCGUCUAUGGCUCUGGUCCGCCACCGGCUCGGCAUGCCUCACCCCAUCUAAAUCCCUACAGAGCACCGCCCAUUUAUGGCAAUCCCAACUAUGCACCGCGUGUGGCACCACCUGGCAGCGCCAAUAUGCGACCCGGAGCUGUGGACUAUGCGGCCGGUGCACGUGGCUAUCCACCCUAUGGCUAUUAUCCACCACCGCCGCUUACGACACCACCCGCGCAUGCGUCAGCGCCCAGUUCAGUGAUUGUCAGUGCACCGCCACCGCCGCCUAGCACACCCACAAAUCAUUCAGUCUCUGCACUGACACGCGGCAAAUCUCCAGCACCGGCACCCGCACCAAUGCCAGUGCCAGUUCCAGUGUCAGUUGUGACGCCUGUGGUAAACGCGGUGCCAUCAGCCACACCACCAGCCACAAUUACAACGGAAGUGGUUCACAAAUCAUCGGUGAUAACCAGCAAAAAACUCAUCACAUUGGAGGCCUACUCCAAUACGAAGUCUCCGCUGGCCGUGGUCGGUGAUUCCACCGGUGACUCGCCAUCAGCUGUUGCCGAGGAUGAUUCCAGUUCGGCGCACGGCAUCAGCAGCGCGGCUGCCACAGCGAACAGCGUCGGCGGUGCUGUUGGCGAGUUCAGUGGGCUGGUGAGCUAUUUUAGUUCGCAGCAUGGUGAUUAUGACACAUAACAAACGCCGCCGGCAGCCCAAGCUUGUAUAUAAUGUAGUUGAUCUAUAUCAAAAUGUAUAUGUGUAGAGUAUGCAAAUGACCUAUAAUUAGGUGGGGGCGUGGCUAGCCCCCAGCUUCAGGCCACUUAUUGAAAAUUUCAAUCCACACACACACACACAUACCACGCAAUUAAAAAGUGCAUAUAAAGUAGCGUAAAAUCUUUCAGACGAUAAUUAUGGGGAAAUUGUCAACUCGUUUGUUUUAAAUUAAAUAUAUUUAUUUUAAGUUAGGCCUUUGAUUUUCCCAAAUUCUUGACAUGCUCUACGUGCUCCUAGAGUCGCUUCAACAGCAACAAACAACAAACUUAAGUAUUUUAGUUUAAUUGUAUAGUACGAUGUAUGCAAAAGUUCGAUUUGUUAAUGUUAGCAAACGAUUAUCGAGCGAUAUCAAUUAGAAACAUUGCGAAAUAAUGAUAAUAAUUUAUACAACUACAC